AUGACAAAAAUAACAGGGGGAAACAAAUCAUGCAAUAUUGAUCAAAAUGAUACACAUUUCUGGUAUAUAGAACAAGCCAAAAAGCCUUCCAUUCCUAGAUAUCAAGCCAUUGAUGUUUUUGAUAGUUUAGAUGAUGAUUUUGUUGCAGAAAAAUUCCAACAAUUAACAACCUAUUAUAAAAAACAUGGCCCUUCAGGAGCAUAUGCUAAAGCUGCAAGUUUGUCACAACCAAUAACUCAUUUUUUUCCUAUUGAAUCUAAGG